GGGGUUUCUCUGCUUUGAAGUCAGCAUCCACGUGGAUUGUGGGUGGAUGGCUGUAUUCACAGAGCAGCUGGCCCCUGUUUAUUGGCUGAAUGUCGUAACCUGAAUGGCUGUGAAACUGGACAUGCAAAAAUCACAUGUGGCUAUGACCUGCCUGCAAAAUAUGUCAUCCAUACUGUAGGACCAAUAGCUAGAGGCCAUAUUAAUGGUUCCCACAAGGAAGACCUUGCAAAUUGCUAUAAAUCAUCUCUGAAGCUGGUGAAGGAAAAUAACAUCCGAUCAGUUGCAUUUCCCUGCAUCUCAACCGGCAUUUAUGGAUUCCCCAAUGAGCCUGCUUCCGUCAUUGCCCUCAGCACCAUUAAGGAAUGGCUGGCCAAGAAUCAUCACGAGGUGGAUCGGAUCAUCUUCUGUGUCUUCUUAGAAGUGGACUUUAAAAUCUACAAAAAGAAAAUGGGCGAGUUUUUCCCUGCAGAUGAUAAUAAUGAAGAAGAUGUUGAUGUGAAAGAAGAUUCAGAGGUGUUAGAGCCAAAAGGCCUCUCGCCACCCCACAAGAAGAGCAAAGCAAAGAAGCCAGAAUGUUCCAAAGACUCCAGUGAAGAUGGUGUCAAUGUUGAAACAGUGCCCAACCCUGCUUCAGAAGAGACCAUUGAAGUCUGUAAAGAUGAAGAUUCUGCAAAGGAUGACAGUAUUACAAAAGACAAUGAAGUAACAGAUCAUUCUGUGUGUGACCAAGAUCAUCCCAAUGGACAAGAGCAUGAUUCAAUGAAGAAUGAAAUAAAAAUUGAGGCAGAGUCCCAGAGCUCACAUAUGGAAACUGAAGAGCUUUCAACAAACCAAGAAGAUGCCACAACUGUGGAGCCACCAGAAGUGAUCCUGCUAACAGAUGACCAAGAGGAAGAGGAAGGUGAAAAAGCUCAAGGCGAGAACACACCCAGUGUUUCUGCACAAAACGAAGGUUCUGGCUACACAGAAAACUCUCCAAGUCCUGAUGUUGAAAUGAAUAGUCAGGUUGACAGUGUAAAUGACCCAACAGAGAGUCAGCAAGAAGAUUAACUAAUAGGGGCACAAGAUGAAGCAAAGGAACAAAGAAAUGGAAGUAGAUCACACUCCUCCGCAUCGCAGUCCUCUCCUGGCCCUGGGGGGU